AUGAAAUAUGAAAUAGAAAAUGAAAGAGUAGGGAUGAUGAACAGUAAUUCUCAAGUUGUUAAAACAUUGGCAUUGGUUGAAGAUCCUCAAAUACAACGAUAUCGCAAAAUUCUUUUGAUUAUACUUGGCAUUUUUCUCACUUUGUGGUUAAUUAAUACAACUAUUGGUAUCGUAAAUAUUGCACAUAAUCCAAAAGAAAGUGUAUCAGUUAUUGCAUCUCUUAUUUCAAUGCUUAUCAGUGGUCUUGGAUUUUGGGCUACGUAUAAAUACAAUGCAACAGGUUUACGAGUGUUUGCUUGGUUAGGUGUAAUUGGACUUGUUUGUGGUGGCAUUUUACUUGGAGUUAUUUUGAUUUUGGCAUUUGAUGGUUUAGUUAUGACUGGCGUUGCUAUUAUUAUUGUACAUUAUUCUUUCAAAUUGGCUAGACUUAUUGUUGCAAAGAAAGCAAUAUAUCCUCGAUCAAUCUAA